CACAGAUUCAGAGAAUAGAGUUUUUAGUAAAAGAAAAAGUAGCGCCUUGUGUGGGCAUUAAGUUUCUUUUUUUUUACAAAACAGUAUUACAUGUAAAUGUUCCCUCCUUUGGAGGAAGCGUGACUUGGGGAAAGGAAGGGCUCCCCUUUCUGCUUGUCAUCCAAUCUCGUUUACUAACCAUCUCUUCCUCCUUUCAAACCUCAACUUUUCUUACCUUCUCUUCUAAUACACAGAGAUUCUCAAUUGAAGGUCAUAAUCAGGCGAGCAGUUACGGAAGGGUGGAGUAUCGAAGAACAUUACGUUUCAUUAGCAAAAUGUCUUCGUCCUCUGUGACUGCUCAAUCGCCAUCCUCAGAUAAUUCGUCAUCCUCAAAUGAUAAAUCACCUCCUCCACCCGAUUCGUCUCCACCACCACCACCUUCACCGGAUGAGGCAUCACCACCACCUAAAGAUUCACCAUCUAAUAACGCCGCACCGCCAUCUAAUGACGACGACAAGAAUAACAAUAAAUCACCACCACCUCCAUCAAGUGAUGAUAAAGGCAACGAUAAGUCGCCACCACCUCCUUCAAGUGAUGAUAAUAACGACGACAACAACAACAAUAACUCACCACCACCUCCUCCACCACCACCACCACCACCAUCUUCUAAUAAAGCAUUAUCACCACCUCCACCUCAUACACCAUCGCACCACAAAACGCCUACAUCUUCGGAUGACUCAGAUUCAUCACCUCCAUCGAAUAGUAGCAAUGAUAUCAAUGCUAAAUUACCACUUAUAAUUGGAGUCACGGCUGGUGUGGUGGUUCUACUUCUUUUGGCAAUCAUUCUCGUGUCUUGCUGUAAGAAGAAAAAGAAGAGAAGACACGAUCCCAUGCAAUACUAUAUGGACCCCUCUCGUAAAGGUAGUGACUAUUAUCAAAGCUCACAAAAUCAACCUCAGCAAAAUUGGCAAAACGGUCCGCCAUCAGCAGACCAUGGUUACAAAGGCCCGCCACCUGGGCAAGGAAUGCCUCCACCGGGUGGCGGCGGAUGGCCUCCCCACAGUAGUGAAAUGAGUUCAAAUUUCUCUUCAGGUCCACGCCUACCUGUUCUACCACCUCCAUCUCCGAGCCUCGCAUUAGGGUUUAACAAGAGCACCUUCACCUACAAUGAGUUGGAGACGGCAACAAAUGGGUUCUCUCAAGAAAACUUGUUAGGUCAAGGUGGGUUCGGGUAUGUGCACAAAGGGAUCUUGCCUAAUGGUACAGUCAUAGCAGUUAAGAGCCUCAAGUCAGGUAGCGGACAAGGAGAGAGAGAGUUCCAAGCAGAAGUCGAGAUCAUUAGUCGUGUCCAUCAUCGUCAUUUGGUGUCACUUGUUGGAUAUUGUAUUGCUGGUGGACAACGAAUGUUGGUUUACGAAUUCGUUCCAAAUAAAACCUUGGAAUAUCAUCUCUACGGAAAGAAUUGUCCCGUCAUGGACUGGGCUAAGAGGCUCAAUAUUGCACUGGGUUCGGCUAAAGGACUGGCGUACCUCCAUGAGGAUUGUCAUCCUCGGAUCAUCCACCGUGACAUUAAGGCUGCCAAUAUUCUCAUCGAUGAUAAUUUUGAGGCAAUGGUUGCAGAUUUCGGACUGGCUAAGUUGUCUUCGGACACAUAUACUCAUGUGUCGACGCGUGUCAUGGGUACAUUCGGGUACUUGGCUCCUGAAUACGCAUCGAGUGGAAAACUAACCGAGAAAUCUGAUGUCUUCUCCUAUGGCAUUAUGCUUUUGGAACUGAUUACCGGAAAACGUCCUGUCGACACCAGUAAUACGUACAUGGAGGAUAGCUUAGUAGACUGGGCUAGGCCUAUACUGACUCGUGCCCUCGGGGAUGGUAACUUUGAGGAGUUGGUUGAUCCACGUUUGGAGAACAAUUACAGCCCUAGUGAGAUGGCACGCAUGGUUGCAUGUGCUGCCGCAUGUAUUCGUCAUUCUGCCAGGAGACGCCCCAAAAUGAGUCAGAUUGUACGUGCAUUGGAAGGUGAUGUGUCGCUAGAGGAUCUGAACGAGGGAGUGAGACCUGGACAGAGCUCAAUGAUUAGCUCUGGGAGCUCAGAGUAUGACACGAGUAUGUACAAUACAGACAUGAAGAACUUCAGGAAAACUGCAUUGGCAAGCCAGGAAUUAGGGACCAGUUCAGAAUUCGCACAUACUAGUGAUUCAGGAAAUCACCAAGCGUCAUCGAGCGCCGACUCUCGAGAAAUGACAGAUCGCAUUGUUACGCCUUGAUUAUACUGCUAGUCCGCCAUGCUUGAUUAAGAAAAUCAGUCCUUUUUGGUUAGAAAUUCCUAUGGAUGCUUGAAAAGGGAAGGGAUUAAGCAUGGGUUUACUAUGUAAUGUUUUCUUUCUCUUUUUCUUUUUCUUCUUCAAUUGUUGUUAAAUUUGAAGUUAAGGUGGGUGGUAUUUUUGUUGUUUAAUUUGAAGUUAAGGUGGGUGGUACUUUUGGAAUUUGUGUUUAAAGUCUUAUUUGAGCAAUGUAUUUCUCUUUAUAUAUGUUUACGAUGAUUACCUGUA